AUACCCUUCCCUGUUCCCCCCGCAUGGGUGUCGGAACGGGCCUUUUUCUUUCUUUUUCGUUUUCCUUCAAUAUAAACGACGAGUAGUAAUUGAAUGCAUGGACCUCACGAGAGAAAAAAAAAUAAAAAUAAGAAACCGAAAAUGGCCAAAUGAAAAGGAGUCAGCCAAUAAGCGAAAGGUAUCAACACCUGGGAGGGAUCGCCCCUGUACUGUGAUGAAGUUUCCUCCUGCAGGGGACCAAUCAUCAUGCCGGGACACGGCGAGGGAACUUGCAGAAGCAGCCAUUCAUAUCAACCUCCCUUAACGCCCCUUAAGAUGGGCUGGUCAAAGGGUUUUUAUUCUAUUUUAUUUUUAUAUUUCCCAACUCCCUUGGCAUUCCUUCCUCUUUCUCUCCCCCUCCUUUUCUGCCAGUUCGGCGCUUCGAAUCGGAGCUAUCGUCUAAGUAUAGCAGUGCCUUACUGCUGCAGUGCAUCCUCUGCACGCUAGUCUUCAU